UUAGAGAGUCAGUCAGUGGGUUAGUGUCCGGGUAGGUCUAAGUGGUGAGGAGUGGGACUUUUGUCGUGCACCUGACACCACGAUGGAUGACUAUCCGAUGUAUGGGUUGCUUGUAGGGUUCUCCCUCUGGGGGACCCUCUGGCGCCUCCUCUUUCCUCUGGGGUUCUGGCACACCUUUACGUGUAGAGUAGAUACCCGGGGUGGUGCCUCCACCAAGCCGUACACGAAGGAGGAGGAGGAGAAGAUGGCCGUCGUCCUGAGGGAAAGAAAGGAGAAGAAAGAGGCCAAGAAGACGGCCCUACAGGAGGAGCAGGCGGCCAAGUUAAAAAAGAUAGAAGAAGAGAUGGCCAGAGAGAAGGAGAGGUUAAAGAAGGAAGAAGAGGAGAAGUUGAAAGAGGUGGACGAGGAAGAGGAGGAAGAUGAAACGCCACUGCAAAGAAAGAGGGGGCAGUACAGUGGCAACAAGGAUGAUGAGAUGGAGAAACAAAUUUCAGAGUGGGUUGCCAACUUGUCCCUGGGCGAAGAAGAAGAGGUGGCGAUGUAUAUACCCAAGGAUGACCAGGAAGCCGCUAUGAAAGUGUGGGCAGCCGAAGGAGAUGUCAUCAAGCGACAGGCGUUGGAAGAUGAGAAGAGGAUGGAGUGGAAAUUGGCGGUGAUGAGGGAGAAGAAGAGGAGAGUAGACGCGGCAACGGAGGCGGCAGAAGAAUUGGAGGAGGCGGAGCAAUAUGACUUUAGUAGAAGUCAACACAUAGCUGUGCGUUCAAUAAAGUUGGGAUUCCGUGACUUUGCUCGUGAGUUGGUAGGCGCUAUAGGCACCGAGGUGGGUCAUCGCCUCGAGAAGACUGAGCGGUUCUGUGCCGGCGCCAUUGAAGGCAUUAAAGCGGCAGCUCCCAAGGAGGAGGAAGCACGUCCUCCUCGUCGGGAGCCGGUCAAAGUCAAAUUCCCUGAUUCCUACAGUGGAAAACGGGAAGAAAACUUUGACAAUUGGGAGGCCAAUGUCAAGACCUAUGUGCAUCUGCAACAGGUCUCCCCGGAUCAGCAGGUCCUAAUUGCGAUCCACGCGCUUAGGGAUGAGGCCGCCAGCUUUGCAAGGUCCCUAGUUCGCGCUGCCAACUGUAGUGACGAUCUAGUUGCGUACUCCUCGUUCACGUCCCUCACUGAAUUCUUGAAGCUGCUGCGCGAGCGAUUUGCUGAUGUCGCUCGCAGUGUUAAGGCCUCAGACAAGCUCCAGACGAUCCAUGCCCGUACGUGGAAGAGUGUCAGGGCACUCAAGAGCACAAUGGACAAAUUGGUAGCUGUCCCUGAAGAUGGGGUUACAGACACCCAGUUGGUCGCCCUCUUCUAUAGAGCGAUGCCCAAAGCUUUCCGCGGGCACUUCUUCGCGAAGAGCGAAGACCCUGCCACCACUUACUAUUCCCUUAGACGUGAAGUGGUGGCCUUUGAGGCAAAAUCUGUGUCAAUUUCCACCUUCUGGCACAAAGAUUUGGAUAAGGGAAAACAAUGGAAGGGCCGCACUAUCUCUGGGCAGGUGAAGACUAAGGAUAGCCUUGUCCUAACUUUAGAUGAGGGUAGUGUGGAUGAGAUCCCUUACGAUCGGAUUGAGUGGGGGUUAGAGGAGGAGGACAGCGGUGUGGGCCAGGGGAAGACUUACGCUGCUGUCGCGGCUGGAGGGAGGCCGCAAGGAGGACGAGGCCAGGGCCAAGGGGGCCGGGCCUCAGGGAGCCGGUUUCAGGGCGAUCAGGGGGUUGGCGACAGAGGAGGAAACCGCCAAGCAGGAGGCAGGGGUCAAGGUCCCCCGCAAAACCGUCCUAGGAAUAGGUCUCCCUAUAGGGUAGGAGGAUGGCACCCGCGGCUGCCGCAGGGGGCCACCCGCAGUUAUAUUAGUAAGAAAGCGCUGCAGAAGUUGAAGCUGGGACUUAAAGUCCAAAAGCUAGCAGACCCUAUAGUUAGUAUCCUCGCAGACAAUCGUACUAUGGUUGUAGAGGAGUAUGUAGAGGGAGUCCAAGCGUAUUUUCGCCUAGAGAAGGAUGGGAAAGUGGAGAAGGUUCUCGACUCCCUGACACUCCUCGUAGAAGACAGCCUCCCAUUUGAUAUUGUCAUGGGAAUGGAUUGGGGAGAGGCAGUCGGGGCCACGCUCCAUUUGAAGGAGCACGAGUGUAGGCUCCCUAGUUCUUCAGGCGAGGCCAAAAUUGUCCGCCUGUUCCAUGUGUCAGGAGUAGAGAAUCCCUUGGCACAUCGCUGCCUUAGUGCCCCUGCAUUCGCCAGAUUAGUAAAGAAAGAGAAAUUGGAGGAACAGGUCUUUGUUGCCUAUGUUAGGCCAGUGACUGAGCCUAUGGAAGAAAAGCCAGUGGACCCUGUGAUUGCCAAGCUGCUGGAAGAGUUUAAGGAUUUAACUGAGCCGCCGACAGGCACGGUGCCGCGGCCCAUCCAGCACCGUAUCGAGAUAGAGCCUGGCAGUAGAACUCCUAAGGGUGCKGUGUAUAGRAUGUCCCCACGGGAGUUAGARGAGCUUCGCAAGCAGUUAGACGAGCUCCUUGAAAAGGGUUGGAUUAGGCCUAGUUCCUCUCCGUUUGGAGCACCUGUUCUUUUUGUUCCUAAGAAAGAGGGAGAGCUGAGGAUGUGCAUAGACUAUAGGGGUCUGAAUGCUAUUACAGUGAAGAAUGCUGAGCCACUGCCUAGGGUAGACGAUCUCUUAGAUCGAGUGCAGGGGGCAAAGUAUUUCUCUAAGAUAGACUUAAAGUCCGGAUAUCAUCAGAUAGAGGUACAUCCUGAUGAUCAGUAUAAGACAGCCUUCCGGACUAGGUACGGGCAUUAUGAGUUUAUAGUGAUGCCCUUUGGACUAACCAAUGCGCCAGCAACUUUUCAGCGGUGUAUGAAUGAUUUGUUAAGGCCAUGGUUAGAAAGAUUCGUCGUAGUUUACUUAGAUGACAUUUUAGUGUUUAGCAAGACCCUUGAAGAGCAUCAGGGUCAUCUCAGGCAGGUCUUAGAGAAGCUGAGGGAAGCUAACUUAAAGAUCAAUGCAAAGAAGUGCGAUUGGGCGAAGACCCAAGUUUUGUAUUUAGGCCACGUCUUAGACGGAGACGGCGUCAAGCCGGAAGAUAGUAAAAUUGCAGCGAUUAGAGAUUGGCCAACACCGCGGACGUUGACAGAACAGCGGUCGUUCUUAGGCCUGGCGAACUACUACAGGAAGUUCGUGAGGAACUUCUCCACCAUCGCUGCGCCCCUUCGCAGAUUGCUCAGAAAGGAGACCAUCUGGAGGUGGAAUAAGGACUGCACGUCUGCUAUGAAGAAGUUAAAACAGGCGUUGAUAGAGUAUCCAGUCCUUCAGGUUGUCGAUUCGUCCUUGCCCUUUGUCGUCACUACGGACGCUAGCCAGUACGACAUAGGUGUCGUGUUACAACAAGACGAUGGCAAUGGUUAUAGACCCGUAGAGUUCAUGUCCGCCAGAAUGCCUUCAGAGAAGGUCGCGACAUCUACCUACGAGAGGGAACUCUACGCUCUCAGGCAAGCCUUAGAACACUGGAAGCACUACUUGCUUGGGAGACACUUCAAAGUCUACUCAGACCAUGAGACGUUAAGAUGGUUAAAGACGCAGGCCAAGAUGACACCUAAGCUUACUAGGUGGGCCACAGAGAUAGAUCAGUACGACUUUGAGCUCAAGCCAGUAAAGGGGAACUAUAACGUAGUUGCGGAUGCGCUGAGUAGGAGAGCUGAUUACUUUGGGGCAAUAGUGCAUUACUUAGACAUAGGGAAGGACCUGCAGCAAAAGAUUAGAGAAGCCUAUGCACAGGACCCUAUCUACAGUGACCUCCUCAAGAAGGUCAAGGAGGCCCCUGAGACCGAGCCGAACUACCGCACUACUGAAGGGUUGCUUUUUGAGAAGACUAAUGUAUUUGACCGCCUGUGCAUUCCCAGUAGUGAAGAGAUCCGUAGUCUGAUUCUGGGAGAAUGCCACGACACAGAGGGCCAUUUUGGUUGGUCAAAGACUUUAGCCAAUUUGAUGCGUGCGUAUACCUGGCCAGGAAUGAAAAAUGACUGCGUAGAGUAUGUUCGCAGUUGUAAAGUCUGCCAGCGUAACAAGACUUCUACGCGUGCCCCGUUAGGUCUUCUCAGACCCUUGCCCAUUCCGGAUCAGCCGGGAGACUCAGUGUCCAUAGACUUCAUGGACACUCAAGUCAAGAGCAGGCAUGGCAAGAGCCAAGUCAUGGUCAUAGUUGACCGUUUUAGUAAGAACGCAGUUUUUGUUCCUUUGCCUUCAGAGGCACGUACUGAUUUAGUCAUACAGAGAUUUUUUUACUAUUGGGCGAGUGAGAAUGGUAUCCCAUUGUCAAUAGUUAGCGAUAGGGAUAGUCGCUUUACUAGCCAGAACUGGCAAGAACUCAUGGGAGUAUAUGGAUCUAAGUUGUUGAUGUCGUCCGACCGUCAUCCAGAGACUAACGGUUAGACAGAGCAAAUGAACAAGGUCCAACAAC